GAAAGUAAACAAACACCAAAAUCGUCUACACUACACCUUCCCAGACAACAGGAAAAUCAAGGGAAAUUUUUAGUUCUACAAUCUUGGGGGGAUUCCCUUCUACUGGUUUCGUAAAAUAUCUUUUCAGAAUCUAAGUAUGAUAACUCACAAACAAUUCUUCGAUAUUGAGUUAUUUUGAACCAAAAAUUCAAUCUAAUAACGCUUUCAUAAAUUGCUGCAGAAUGCAGUCCGACGACGCUCGUUAUUUAAAGAGAAAGGUGAAGGCAGGUCGAUUGGAUGUUCAUCCGACUGAGCAAGCGCUUGUCGUCCACUACGAACUGGAGGCCGCGAUCUUAGGAGAGGGCAUGUCCACCGUUUUGUCAGAUAAAAAGGAGUGUCAAAAGAUUAUCAGGCUGAAGAGUCUCCACUCUAAUACAGACAUUGCUGCCCUCGCAGAGGAAGUGGUAGAAAAAUGCAGUUUGAUCCACAAGAGCAAACUGCCAGAGGUCGAGCAGCUCAUAUACUACCUUCAAAAUCGCCGAAAGGAAGCUGGUGGCUCUUCAGUGGCUAAAGAACGUCCUCAGACAGCCUUUGCCACUGAAGUGCUCAACGUAUCCAACCUUUCCAGCCCCGACGGCACCUUGGAAGUGGCUAGUUUGGCCAAACUGGAGGACUAUGUUGACCUGCUCUACGAAAAUAUUCCAGAAAAGAUAAGAGGAUCAUCUUUAAUUUUACAACUGGCUCGAAAUCCUGACAAUCUUCAGGAGCUCUCCACAAAUGAGAGAAUUUUGGGAGCUCUGGCCCGAGUUUUGAGAGAGGAUUGGAAACAAAGUUUGGAUUUGAGCACAAACAUCGUCUACGUCUUUUUCUGCUUUUCAACCUUCUCCGUUUUCCACCCAGUCAUAAUACAGCACAAAAUGGGUUCACUGUGCAUGGAGCUUAUUGACUACGAGUUACGUCGACAUGAUCAGUGGACUGAUGAGCUCGAACAGAGGCGACGCCAGUCACAAAAUGAAGCUGCGAGUCCCUCUGAGGAGACCAAAAAGAAAGCAUUGGCAGAUUUUGAGAGAUCUGCCAGAAAGUUUGCUCUGUUGACCAAAAAGCAAGACCAGCUUUUGCGAGUAGCAUUUUAUCUGCUAUUAAACAUUGCAGAAGACACAAGACUGGAGGAUAAAAUGAGGAGGAAAAAUAUUGUUGGAAUGCUUGUGAAAGCUUUAGACAGAGAUAACACCGAUUUACUCCUUCUGAUUGUCACCUUUUUGAAGAAGUUGUCUGUAUUUCGAGAAAACAAGGACGAUAUGGCUGAUAUGAAUGUUGUUGAGAAACUGCCUGCCCUUGUUACGUCUUCGAACUCGGAUCUCGCCCAUGUUGCUAUGAAAUUGCUUUUCAAUAUUUCCUUUGACCCUGAGCUGAGGUCCAGAAUGGUGCGAGUAGGACUACUUCCUAAGUUGGUCCACCUAUUAGAUGACCCAAAGCACAAGUCAGUUGUUUUGGGAAUUCUGUACCACCUGAGCAUGGACGACCGGGUCAAGUCGAUGUUCACCUACACCGACUGCAUUCCACUUAUUUUAAAAAUGAUCAUGGAGUGUACAGAGGAUAAAGUACCUCUAGAGAUGGUGGCAGUCGCCAUCAACCUUGCCUUGAACAAGAGAAACGCGCAGCUGAUGUGCGAGGGUCCGAGACUUAAAACCCUGAUGCAAAGAGCAUUUCACUAUCAAGACCCACUUCUGAUGAAGUGUCUUCGAAAUAUUGCCCAACAUCCUGGCCAAACUAAAAUUUUAUUUGUGGAAUUCAUCGGCGAUUUAGCACAAGCGAUACAAGCUGCAGAGUGUGAAGAGUUUGUGGUCGAGUGCCUCGGAGUGAUGGGCAAUCUGGCUGUUGACAACAUGGAUUGGGAAAGACUGAUGAAAGAAUAUAAACUGAUUCCGUGGCUUCGAUCUCAUUUGGUGUCUGGGAGGUCUGAAGACGAUUUGGUGCUUGAAAUAGUGGUGCUUUUGGGAACAACUGCCAUGGAUGAGGCUUGUGCUAAUCUUUUAUGUAAAGCGGAAGUUCUGCAGGACUUGAUCGAGCUAUUGAAAGCCAAACAGGAGGAUGAUGAAGUUGUUUUGCAAAUCAUUUUUGUCUUUUUCCAACUCUGCAAGCACCCAGCAUCUAUGGACUACCUUAUACAAGAAACAGAGGCAGCAGCUUACUUAAUUGAUCUGAUGCAUGAUAAGAAUGCUGAAAUUAGAAGAGUUUGUGACAACACUCUUGAUAUUAUUGGGACUCAUUAUCCUGACUGGGCAAAACGAAUUCAGCUGGAGAAAUUUCGGUUCCAUAAUUCCCAGUGGCUAGAAAUGGUCAAAAAUCAGCAGGCAAUGGAUGCAGCCGCCGCAGCAGAGGGUGAAGACCAAAUGCCAUAUUACGGAGAUGACCUCUAUGGUCCGUCUUGCCUCUACCAACCAGACACUAUGGACGACUUUGAUUUUGCAACAAGUUCUGAGAAUUCUAGUCGAGCCUCUAGUCGGCCAAGGAGCAGCUAUGGACAAGAUUUGGAGGGUUUCAUGGAUGCCAUGGGACGACCAUUGGUCCCAGGCUCUAAACAAUUGGACGACUUAAACAAAAAGUUAGGUGUUUUGAAAAUGCAACAGCAGUAAGGGUUUACCAUUUUAAAGUCAUAAAUCGUUCUAUCUGUCUAAUUUAUUUUCAAAACAAUCUUAAGUAAAGCUACUUACAAAAUAUUUAAGCAAGGUCUUGGAAAGAAAAAUCACAUUUAGUCUAACAAUUUGCUGACAUAACCAGGCGAAAAGCAUGUGAGUGCAGCAAAUUAAUUUGGAUGGAAGCGCCUGGAUUUGCAUAAACAUAUAAAAUAUAGUGCUUACUGCUUGUAUCACUGCACAUGAUUACGAUUGUUGCCCGUCUUCACAAUAAGCAAAUUAGCUUUGCUCUUCUGCAUUUCAAACAUAGCCAUGUUUUGCUCGUAAAACCACUUCUUGCCAUACUCAAAAGUAGCAAUCAUAAUGGCACAUGCCGGCGCCACCUUCACUAGCCUUGGAACCAAUCCCGUAAAUAGCCCAGAAACACCACUCUGGCUGUAAAUCUUUUUGAUCACUUUCAUUGUUGAAUUUCGGCCGUUCACUGUCUUCGGGGGAUCUGUAGAUGUAAAUUAAUU